UAUUAACUCAGUUGUUUCAGCCAGGGCAGGAAUUUCCAGUAGACAAAAUAAAAUGCUAAUAUUUCCAGACAUAGCGCAAAGCACUUAAAAAAAACCCAACAACUUUAGCAAAUAGUUCUUUUUGAACAUAUGAAUAUUUAUACACCUUGUAUUUUUUAUUUUUUUUUCUAUUUUGUUGAAUUUGUUUCCAUUUGCACUGUGUUUCUUUUGCGAGACCUGACCACCGCAUCCAGUAUGACUUUCUGAUGUGUUUGGUCUCUCACUACAUGGACUCCUGGUGCUUUGGUAGCAGGCUGCCACUUGCACCCCGAGAUCUUCUGGGGAUGUAGGAGAGCUACAUGGUUCAGUCUCGAGCAGAGCAUAAGCCAUCGUUCAGGACGUUUCAGGUGCUGUGCCUUCGCCUCCCUGUGUACGUUAGCUGCCUUCAGAUCCUCCCGAGCGGAUAUCAAAAUGCGUUGGGCUUUUUAAAACACACCAACUUUUCUGCAACUUUCCCUAGCCCAGAGCCCCUUGCCCGAGCGUGCGUGCACGGGGGGAGCAGGAAUGCAGCGCUUCCCCCCGCUUCUUGCAGGGGCUGAUAGGUCAUUUAUUACCGGGGCUGGAGCGAGAUAAACAAGCCUCUCUCUUUUUGCCCCUCGUUAACAGCAACUUUCAUUGUUGGAGCGAGAAGAGCCUUCUCGGUUGACGUCACUUUUGGUUCGCGAAGCCUUCGCCUGCAAGGGAGGCUGAAUAAACCUCGAGGAGAGCAGCAGCUCCGCGCGGGCGCUGCUAGCAGGGGCGAGGGCGAGGGCGAGGGCGAGGCGGCCGCACCCGCACCCCCAGCCCGCCCCGGCGCUUCUCGGAGCGGUGGGCAGCCCGCCCACCCGCACCUGGCAAAGGGCAGCUCUGCCAGCCGCCAAGCUGAACAGCACUGUGCGUGCCUAUACAUGAACAGCAAGUCUGCUCUGACACGUAAUGAGGGUUGCCAACACUCCCGGAGUCUACCGGAAUCGGCAUCAAUCUCUUGGUGACUACUGAAGCUUGCAAAAAAGCAAUGUCACAGAACUGACCACAUUUAUCACAAUAUGGAGUCUGGAGAGCGGUUAACAUCAUCUGCCUCUUCUACCACAGCAACUUCAUCUCCUGCAUCUACUACACCUUCUGUCACUUCAGCAGUUUCAAAAAGUAGCCUUUCCACUGGAGCUGCAUCGCUUAGCUCUGCAGUCAACACAUGCGGACAUUUAUUCAGAACAGCUGGGGAUCAACCGUGUAACCUGUCCACAGUGUCGAGUGCCUUCCCAAUGGUCAGCCACCCAGUCUUUGGUCUACAUACAGCCAGCUCAGGGCAUUCAGAGUUUGGUGGCUUGGGAACACUUGGUACACCCACAGCCUUAGCAGCACAUCCCCAACUAGCACCUUUUCCAGGUACAGAAUGGUGGCGAACAACAGAUGUGCACACCCGUACAGGGGCAGCCUUUUUUCCACCACUGCUGGGAAUACCACCACUGUUUGCUCCUCCCACUCAGAAUCACGAUUCCACUUCAUUCCAUUCAAGAACUACAGGAAAAAAUAGUCGAAGCAGCAUAGAAAAAGGUGUGAAUGGAUCAGUAAAUGGAAACAGUACAACAUCUGUACCUGGCAUCAGUACAUCUGUAUUAUCUACUACCACUGCAAGCUCUGCAGGACAGGCAAAGGCUAUAACCUCAGGAGGGGGAAGUCACAAAUGCCACCAGGAUCAAAACAAAAACCAGCUUUUGGAUACCAGAGCUGACAAAAUCAAAGAUAAGAAACCAAGAAAAAAAGCAGUGGAAAGCUCCAGCAAUAGUGACAGUGAUUCAGGCUCGUCUUCAGACACCUCAAGUGAAGGCAUUAGUAGUAGUGACUCAGAUGAUCUAGAGGAAGACGAAGAGGAGGAGGAGGAAGAUCAAAGUGGUGAAGAAACUGAAGAUGAUUCUGACUCUGAGAAUGAAGCACAUCAUAAAAACAAAAACAAGGUGCUAAUGCAUAGUGGUGUAACAGAUAUGAAAGCAGAUGGACAGAAAACACAUGAAAAGUCCCAGGAAAAAAGAACACACCAGCAGAUACCUCUUAUGUCUGAUUCCCAGACUCACUCAUCAUUCCAGUCCCAGCAGAAGCAGCCUCAGGUUUUGUCACAGCAGCUUCCCUUUAUUUUCCAAAGCUCUCAGGCAAAGGAGGAAUCUGUGAACAAACACACAAGUGUAAUACAGUCUACGGGAUUGGUGCCCAAUGUGAAACCUUUGUCUUUGGUAAAUCAAGCCAAAAAGGAAACUUAUUUAAAACUUAUAGUUCCUUCUCCUGAUCUACUCAAAGCAGGGAACAAAAAUACCUCUGAAGAAUCUAAUCCUUUGACCAGUGAUGUAAGAUCAAAACGGGAACAGUACAAACAGACAUUCCCAGCAGCACAGUUAAAGAAGCAACAAGAAUCAUCCAAGAACCUGAAGAAGGUUAUCACAGCUUUGUCAAGUCCGAAACCAACCUCUAGUUCACCAGCUCAUCCAAAACACACAUCUUUAGAAAACAACCAUUCAAAUCCAUUCUUGACAAAUGCACUUUUAGGUAAUCACCAACCCAAUGGAGUAAUUCAAAGUGUCAUCCAGGAAGCUCCUCUAGCACUUACCACCAAAUCCAAAUCCCAGCCCAAGAUAAAUGAAAACAUAGCUACUUCAAGUAGUACUUCAUUUUCGUCACCAGUAAAUUUAACUACGUGUGGUAAAAAAACGUCUGGUAACCGGACACCUGUUAUGCCCUCUACCUCUCCUCUGUUACCUGGUCCAGGAAAGGAAAAAGCUGUCAGCAAUAAUACGGUUACAGCAGUAAAAACACAACAUCGCCUUCAUUCUGCAAAAUCUUUAGUGGAACAAUUUAGAGGAACAGAUUCAGACAUUCCUAGCAGUAAAGACUCUGAUGAUUCAAAUGAUGAAGAUGAUGAUGAUGACGAUGAUGAUGAUGAUGAAGACGAGGAUGAUGAUGAUGAUGAUUCAGAUGACAGCCAAUCAGAGUCUGACAGUAAUUCAGAAUCUGAUACUGAAGGGUCUGAAGAUGAGGACGAUGAGGAUGAUAAAGAUCAAGAUGAAUCAGAUACUGAUACUGAGGGAGAGAAAACUCCAGUGAAGCUGAAUAAAACUACUUCCUCCGUGAAAAGCUCUUCCAUCAAUCUCACAGCUCACUCUACACCACUUAAUCUCCAAGUAGCAAAGACUCCUAGCUCUGCUCCUGCUGCCUUAUGUCCUGAAUCCCAGUCGCCAGUUUUUCUUGGGACACCGCCUUCUACACUUACUCCAAGUACACACUGUGGUACUUCAAAAAGGCGAAGGGUAACAGAUGAACGAGAGUUGCGUAUUCCUUUAGAAUAUGGCUGGCAAAGAGAAACACGAAUAAGAAGCUUCGGUGGUCGUCUUCAGGGAGAAGUAGCAUAUUAUGCACCAUGUGGAAAGAAGCUAAGACAGUAUCCUGAAGUAAUAAAGUAUCUCAGCAGAAAUGGAAUAAUGGAUAUCUCAAGGGACAAUUUCAGCUUCAGUGCAAAAAUAGGAGUGGGUGACUUCUAUGAAGCCAGAGAUGGACCGCAGGGCAUGCAGUGGUGUCUUCUGAAGGAAGAGGAAGUCCUUCCCCGUAUCAGGGCCAUGGAAGGGCGUAGAGGACGACCACCAAAUCCAGAUAGACAACAUGCUAGAGAGGAAUCAAGAAUGAGGCGUCGCAAAGGCCGACCUCCAAAUGUUGGUAGUGCUGAAUUUCUAGACAACAGUGAUGCCAAGCUGCUAAGAAAGUUGCAGGCUCAAGAAAUAGCUAGGCAAGCAGCACAAAUAAAGCUUUUGAGAAAACUUCAGAAGCAAGAGCAGGCUCGAGCUGCCAAAGAAGCAAAAAAACAGCAAGCUAUUAUGGCCGCUGAAGAAAAGCGAAAGCAAAAAGAACAGAUAAAGAUAAUGAAACAGCAGGAGAAAAUUAAGAGAAUUCAACAAAUCAGAAUGGAAAAAGAACUUCGAGCUCAGCAAAUUUUAGAGGCAAAAAAGAAAAAGAAGGAAGAAGCGGCAAAUGCCAAAUUAUUGGAGGCCGAGAAACGAAUAAAGGAGAAGGAGAUGCGAAGGCAGCAAGCUGUUCUUCUGAAACAUCAGGAGUUGGAGAGGCAUAGACUAGAUAUGGUAUGGGAACGAGAAAGGAGAAGGCAACAUAUGAUGCUUAUGAAAGCUAUGGAAGCACGUAAAAAAGCAGAAGAGAAAGAGCGGUUAAAGCAAGAGAAACGUGAUGAAAAAAGAUUAAAUAAAGAGCGUAAACUGGAGCAGCGAAGAUUGGAAUUAGAAAUGGCUAAGGAGCUAAAGAAGCCUAAUGAAGAUAUGUGCUUAGCAGACCAGAAGCCUUUGCCAGAGUUGCAUCGCAUUCCCGGCCUCGUUCUGUGUGGAAGCACAUUUUCAGACUGUCUCAUGGUGGUGCAGUUCUUGCGUAACUUUGGCAAAGUUCUUGGCUUUGAUGUGAAUAUGGAUGUCCCUUCUUUGAGUGUUCUUCAAGAGGGUUUGUUAAACAUAGGGGACAGUAUGGGAGAAGUACAAGACUUACUUGUAAGACUUGUCUCAGCUGCUGUUUGUGAUCCUGGAGUAGUGACGGGAUACAAGGCCAAAACUAUUCUUGGGGAACAUUUGCUGAAUGUUGGUAUCAAUCGAGAUAAUGUUUCUGAGAUUCUGCAGAUAUUUAUGGAAGCUCAUUGCGGGCAAACUGAACUUACAGAAAGCCUAAAGACCAAAGCUUUUCAAGCACAUACUCCAGCUCAGAAAGCAUCAGUGCUUGCUUUCCUUGUUAAUGAGUUAGCAUGCAGCAAAAGUGUUGUAAGUGAAAUUGAUAAAAACAUUGAUUAUAUGUCAAAUUUAAGGAGAGAUAAAUGGAUGGUUGAAGGCAAGCUGCGGAAGCUUAGAAUCAUUCAUGCUAAGAAAACUGGCAAAAGAGAUGCUGUAGUAGGAGGUGAUAUAGGAGAAGAACAGCAUUCAUUGGAAACACCCACGCCAGGCCGCAAACGGAGACGGAAGGGAGGAGACAGUGAUUAUGAUGAUGACGACGAUGAUGACAGUGAUGAUCAAGCAGAUGAGGAUGAGGAGGAUGAAGAGGAUAAAGAUGAAAAAAAGGGAAAGAAGGCUGAAGUCUGUGAAGAUGAGGAUGAUGGGGACCAAACAGCAAGUGUUGAAGAGCUAGAGAAACAGAUUGAAAAACUGACUAAGCAACAAAGCCAGUACAGAAAAAAAUUGUUUGAAGCUUCUCACUCUUUACGUUCAAUGAUGUUUGGUCAGGAUCGUUACAGACGUCGAUAUUGGAUUCUACCCCAGUGUGGGGGUAUUUUUGUGGAGGGCAUGGAAAGUGGUGAAGGUCUAGAAGAAAUUGCAAAAGAGAAAGAGAAGUUAAAAAAUGCAGAAAGCAUACAUAUCAAAGAAGAGAUGUUUGAGACCUCAGAGGAAAAAUUAAACUGUUUAAGUACAACUCACUGUGAGCAAAAGGAAGAUCUUAAGGAAAAGGACAACACUAAUCUAUUUUUACAGAAGCCUGGCUCUUUUUCAAAGCUAAGCAAACUCUUGGAGGUAGCAAAAAUGCCACCUGAAUCUGAUAUUUUGUCCCAAAAACCCAAUGGCAGUGCAGCAAAUGGGUGCAUGUUGUCUUAUCCAAAUAACUCCAAAAACUCUCUCUGCAGCCUUCAGCCCACUGUUUCACAAAGCGGCACUGAAAAAUCAGAUCCUAGUAAUCUUUUUAAUCCCAUUGCAAGUGGGUCAGGGAAGUUUUACAAUUCUCCAUUAGUUCCAAAUGACCAGUUGUUAAAGACUCUUACAGAAAAGAGCAGACAGUGGUUCAGCCUUUUACCAAGGAUACCAUGUGAUGACACCUCAGUUACCAAUACAGAUACACCAGCUGCUUCUUCUACACUAACUCCUCAUUCACAUCCUCCAUCAAAAUCGCCUUCACCAGUCCCAUCCUCUCUUAUCAGCUCUGCCUCUGCACAGAGUUCUAUUGGAUUAAACCCUUUUGCAUUAUCACCGCUUCAGCAGAUGAAGACCGGAUUGCCUAUAAUGGGACUUCAGUUUUGUGGAUGGCCUACAGGAGUUCUUACUUCAAAUGUUCCAUUUUCAUCUCCUUUACCUAGUCUUGGAUCAGGGUUAGGUUUAUCAGAAGGGAAUGCUAAUUCCUUCUUGACACCUAGUGUUCCAACAAGUAAAAGUGAAUCACCAGUACCACAAACUGAAAAAGCAGCUUCUGCUCCCUCUACAGCAGUUGAAGUAGCCAAACCAGUAGAUUAUCCCAGCCCAAAACCCAUACCAGAAGAAAUGCAGUAUGGGUGGUGGAGAAUUACUGACCCAGAAGACCUAAAAGCUUUGCUUAAAGUGCUGCAUCUCAGGGGAAUAAGAGAAAAGGCCUUACAGAAGCAAAUACAAAAACACAUGGAUUACAUCACUCUGGCCUGCAUCAAAAAUAAGGAUGUUGCAAUUAUUGAAAUAAAUGAAAAUGAGGAAAACCAGGUAACUCGAGAUGUUGUCGAAAACUGGUCAAUAGAAGAGCAAGCGAUGGAGAUGGAUCUGGCUAUUCUUCAGCAGGUGGAAGAUCUAGAAAGGAGAGUUGCAUCAGCUAGUUUGCAAGUUAAGGGCUGGAUAUGUCCAGAGCCUGCAUCAGAGAGGGAAGAUCUGGUAUAUUAUGAACAUAAGUCAAUUACUAAAUUGCACAAGAAGCAUGAUGGAGAAAGUGCUGGAGGAGAAGAAGCCAGUACCAGUGCUCUAGAGAGGAAGAGUGACAACCCUCUAGAUAUAGCUGUAACCAGACUUGCUGACUUGGAGCGGAACAUAGAGCGAAGGUAUCUGAAGAGCCCCUUAAGUACCACCAUUCAGAUCAAACUGGAUAAUGUGGGCACAGUUACUGUCCCUGCUCCUGCACCAUCCAUUAGUGGUGAUGGUGACGGAAUGGAAGAGGAUAUUGCUCCAGGGCUAAGGGUAUGGAGAAGGGCAUUGUCAGAAGCUCGCAGUGCUGCACAGGUAGCUCUGUGCAUUCAGCAGUUACAGAAAUCAAUAGCAUGGGAAAAAUCUAUUAUGAAAGUUUACUGCCAAAUAUGUCGUAAGGGAGAUAAUGAAGAACUGCUGCUGCUGUGUGAUGGUUGUGACAAAGGCUGUCACACAUACUGCCAUAGGCCCAAGAUCACUACAAUACCAGACGGAGACUGGUUUUGUCCUGCCUGCAUAGCAAAGGCAAGUGGUCAAACCCUAAAAAUAAAAAAACUUCAAAUCAAAGGGAAAAAAAGUAAUGAACAAAAGAGAGGCAGGAAGUUAUCUUUAACAGGAGAUACAGAGGAUGAAGACUCUGCAGCUACCAGCAGCUCCUUAAAAAGAGGAAAGACAGACCCCAAAAAGAGAAAAAUGGAUGAAAAUAUUUCUGUUAACCAAUUAAAACAAGAAAGUUUCACUCCUAUCAAGAAACCUAAAAGGGAUGAGUCCAAGGACCUGGCUUUAUGCAGCAUGAUUCUGUCUGAAUUGGAAACUCAUGAAGAUGCAUGGCCUUUCUUACUUCCUGUAAACUUGAAACUUGUUCCUGGUUAUAAGAAGGUUAUUAAAAAGCCUAUGGACUUCUCUACCAUCAGAGACAAGCUAAGUAGUGGACAGUACCCAAAUCUUGAAGCAUUUUCCCUAGAUGUCAGACUUGUUUUUGACAACUGUGAAACUUUUAAUGAAGAUGAUUCUGACAUAGGCAGGGCUGGCCACAACAUGAGGAAAUAUUUUGAAAAAAAAUGGACAGAGAUUUUCAAAGUGAGCUGAAGUUAUCAGAACUCCAAUAUUUUUCCUUAAAUAAGGACAAAUGAGACCAGCAAUGUGAACUAUAUUUACAUAAAAGUGCAAGGCACAUGCAUAACUAAUGACUGUUUUUUUCCUUAAAGAAGUAUCACAGAAGAGUGAUACUAAUUCUAAAGGCUUCACUCCUACAGCAACCAUGGCCCUUGGUUAUUGGUUUGUGUGUUUUAUCAAACUAAUUUAGGUAGAACAGGGAAGCACACCCAAAGAAUUUCAAAGAAAGGGGUGUUAUAGUGCAAUAGCAAUUUAAAAUUUAUCAAAACGCACUGAAUAUUCAACCACCAGAGCUCUACUUGGGGAAAUGGUUCUCUUUUCCCUUUCAAUAAAUAUCUAUUUUUCAUUUUUUUUACUUUGUAGUUUAUUUUUUAGUGAAUGUAUUUAAUUUUAUGAAUUAUUUAUGAUUAAACAGCAUCCAGAAUCUUCGUUUUCUGUGAAAAGGAAGAAUUAGAAAAAUUGCUUUAAAUCUUGAAAAUACAACAAGGAAUGUUUUAAAAUAUAAAACAAAGCCAAGUAAAACUGUUUACACUGAUGUGCUGUGAAAGCACUAAAAAUUAAACUUUACUGUAGAGUUACAAGUACAUUUAUAUAUAUGUUGCUGCAUCACUUGUGUAGUUAAAUUGUAUUUCAAGACAGUGAAGAAAAAUUGAGACAUAUGUAUAUACUGUUCAUUAUUGUUUAUAUUAAGUCUUGUUUUAAAUAUGUAUGAUGUGUACAUAUUGUUUGAAGACAUUAUUGUUUAUGCCUUAGAAGGACUGUAGCAUUUUAUUUUAGUCUUAAGGUAAUUAUAGCUAUACGGCUUGUACAGUAAUUAUCCUCUACCAACACUGUGGAGUCUCCUUAAUCUUGGUAGUGCCUGCCUUCAAAACAGGGUGUAGGGGAUAUUAGUUUUCCAUUUUUCUAUUUUGUUAUAUAAUUUCAAGCCACCAGGGCCUCAAAUUCAAGUAUAAUCAUUUGUAUCCAUGUGGAAAAUAAAUUGUGACAAUUUCCUAUGCGCGUGGGCGCGCGCACACAGUAUUUUUUCAUAGAAACAUUUCCCUCCAUUUGCCUUGCCACAGAAAUAACAAAAGACAUUUGUAACCACUGUGUUUUAUCUACUGUGUGUUGUGGUGGCCUGUUGGGGGCAGAUAGAUCAGAAUUUUUUUUGUACCUAUGUAAGAGUACUUGAAGUUUUAUUUAAAACAAAAUGUUGUGGAAAAGGUAGCAUUCUUUUUUUUUUUAGGAGUGUUAUUUUUCACUAGUAUGUGUGGCACGGAUACAAUAAAAGACUGUUUUACAAACCA